UAUAUAUGAUCAAUUCCCUCCUCUCUCUUUCUCUCUCUAAAAACUUUUUUCUUCCCAACUUUCUCUUUCCUCCAAAUUCAUGAACAGAGCAUAAUCUAUAAUUUUUCUUAAAAAUUUAGCAUAAACCCAUUUUGUCUCUCAAUUUUCUGUAAAUUUUUUCAUUAAAUUUCAAAUUUUGAGAAAUUUGAUUUCUUGGAAAAUAUUUUUUUUUCUCAAGGAAAACAAACAUUCUACUAAAACAGAGUAUCUCUGUUUUUUUCUCUUUAUUUUUUUUUAUCAAAAUGAUGAAGAAAACAAACUGCAAUAAUAACAAUAAUUACAACAAUAAUAAUCACAAUAAUGUUGGAAAAAUGGGGGGUUUAGAAUGGGAAAUGAGGCCAGGAGGAAUGUUAGUUCAAAAGAGGAAUUUGGAUUCCAAUAGAAAUUAUUCCAUUCCAAUUCCCACAAUCAAAGUUUUAGUGAAAUAUGGUUCUUAUUACCAUGAAAUUCACAUUAAUUCUCAUGCUACUUUUGGAGAAUUAAAGAAAAUGUUAGCAGAAGUAACAGGGUUACAGCCACAAGAUCAGAAAUUAAUCUUCAAAGACAAAGAAAGAGAAUCAAAAUCAUUCCUUGAUGUUUCUGGUGUUAAAGAUGGAUCAAAGAUUGUUCUUGUACAAGAUAUCAUUAGCCAAGAGAAAAGAUUUCUCGAAUCGCGUCGAAAUUCGAAUAUGGAAAGGGCAAUGAAAUCUGUAGUCGAGGUUGCCAUUGAAGUUGAUCAGCUUAUUAGCCAGGUAAAAGCAAAGGAAUCAGUAAUUUGUAAAGGUGGGAGAGUUGCUGAGAAAGAAUUGUUGACUUUGAUUGAAUUGUUGAUGUCUCAAAUGAUAAAGUUGGAUGGUAUUGUAGCUGAUGGAGAAGUAAAGUUGAAAAGGAAAACACAGGUGGUUAGGAUUCAAAAAUAUAUCGAAAUUCUCGAUCGAUUGAAGGCUCAAAAUGCAAUGGCAACGACUCGAUAUGGUGGUAGUCAAGUUGGGUUAGUUGUCUCACAACAGCAACAAAGAGAGCAGAGGAAUUUCUCCAAUGGACUCAUGUUGACAUCAAAGUGGGAGAAAUAUUGAAGAUAUUGAGACUUAAUAAAUCUUGAUAGUUUGUAUACAUUUUAAUAAUGGAUUAUGGUACUGUUAAGUUUAUUGAUCGUGAAAAGUCAAAUGUUGUGCUUCUUAGAAGAAUGCUAAUGUAAUGUAUAUAGCAAAUAUAAAUAGCUAGUAUAGUGCGUAGUUAAGGUGUUUUGAUUGCUAGGUAAUGGAAUUGCCCCAUCUUGGUUGUUUCUAGCCAUAGGUUUUUACUUGUAGUACCAUAUAGUAUAAUCCACCAAUUCCUUUCUUUUUUUUACUCUCAAUUCAUUUGUGGGAUAUAAGGAAUAUAAUUUUGGGUUAAUAUUCUUCUUCUUUA